UUGGAGGUUUCGCGUAUCGGGCUAGGAUGCAUCGUCUUUUUUACUGAGCUGGAGCCAUCUAUUACUGUCACCGAGCAAAACCUGGCAGACCGAGUUCGGUAUAUCUUACGCUCAAAUAUAUUUGAUGGCGCCGAACUCGAACGGCUACGACGUGAGACUGUUCCCUCAUCAAAUGAAAACGCUACGACUGAGGGUGCGGUGCCACAAGUUGCAGAACAACCCGCACACGUGGAUGCCGCCGAGAAUACCCCAGUGGUUGCUGAUUCAAAUGAUGAUGGAACAUUCACCCAGGAACUAGAAAUAGAGCAAAUGAGGAGUACAUUGGAAGAGGCGAUUAUGGAAACGCGCAGUACGCCUCUCGAAAAUCGACCGCGACUUCCCCGCAUAGCCCUAAGCAAGCGGAAUCGGGCUGUCGUGAGGGCUCUGAACCCAAUGCUGGUGACCUAUUUGGAAGCCAGCCGGGACCCUUUGCGAGACGGACUCAAUUCUCUUUGGCGCCGCACUGGCAGUCUGCCGUAUUAUAGGCGCCAAACUUUCCACGGCUGA